GCUCUAUAUAAUGAGGAGGAAGAACAAGGGGGCGAAGCAAAGAGAGAAGAGGAUCGAUCGGAUCUGGAUCCUCCUCCUCUCGUUUCUCCUCCUCCCCUCAUCUCUGAAAUCAUCAGAUUUGCUGAGUUUUUGGUGUUAAGGAAGUCUCAUCUCUCUCUCUCUUUUUGCGUUUGUUUUGCGUGAACGGUAUGUGGGCUGACAGAAGAGAGUGAGCACACAGCGGUGAUUGCAUCGAUCUGAUGCCGUUCCUGUUGCGUGCUCAUUUCUCUUUCUGUCAGCUCACCCUAUCUCUUUCUCUCCCACAACAGCACAGCACCGAACACUUGUAGCAUGCUCUAAAGUAGGUUGAAAACAAGUGUCGAUUAGAGAGGAGAGAGGUUGGUGGGCGGUGGACUUCUGGUCUCUCUCUGGAGAGAUGCCACGAGUGUCUCAUCUGGCCCGGAUAACCAUGGCGAAAGGACGGAUUUCCAAGGUGAAGGGGAAGUACUCGGUACAUGAACUAUUAGGGCAUGUUUAUGCAGGUGCAGAAAGAAGUGGAUCUUAGCAGAAACAUUCGGAUCUGUGUUCUAUCAUAGGAUUUUUCAGAAUAUUGACUUGGUCAGGUUUUGGGUAUUCCGAAACAUUUUUGGUAUUUGUAUAGCAUGAACCAAAGAACAAUUCUACUUCUCUAUAUCAGUGAAUCAGGAGGUAUUUGCAAGAAUGCAAGAAUGCAACAAUUCUAUUCUCUAUUUUAGAAUCCCAUUCAAGAAUGCAGGUGCAAAUGGCGGAAGAAGAUGGUGAAUCAGAACUCUGACACGAAUUUGCGGUCGAGAGGGACGACAGGCAGAUGUCCCUUCUCUUGGAGCACCUACGCUGUGUCCGCCGCAACAUCAAAUUUCUAUGGAUAAUUGAAGAGUGGCAAUGCUUGAAGUGUUCGACCGAGAGAUUGUAUUACUUGUCCGGCAUUGAGUACUGAGGCCGAGCCCUGUGAUCAAUCCGUUCAAGCCCUCUCGGUAGAGCACCCUGUCGGUGCAGAUGAAGCGCUUCCCGGCGGCGCUUUCCGCCUCGUAUACCGGUGCGCGCGCGUCGGCAACAUCCAGCACUUCGACGUACCUUUGCACCGCAUUCACUGACGUCUUCACCGACCCGUCGAGUGUGGAAGACGCCCUGACAACAAUCAAAAGCAGCACGAAGAGCGUCGAAGUCGAGAAGGUCGGCCGCUUACUCUCAGCCUCUUUUGCGCCUUUCAUCGCUUUGAGUAUAAACCUUCUCCAAGAACAGCUUCACCAACCAGCAGGCGUUAAAGCCUCCGGCGCCCGUGAGACAAACAGUUCGGCCGUUGGUGCCAUUUGCAGCUGGUGCGACAUCACCGGCAACCAUGUUGAUGGUGACGAGGUGAAGAUUAGAAGUGCAUGAUCCCAACAAAGGGAGAUUCAUAAAAGAAGAAUAAACCACAGAUAAAUAUAUUUUAAAAAAAUAUUUGAAAAUACUUACAAAACAUCAAUAAAUUGUCUAUUAAUGAAGGAUACUAAGUAUCGAAAAUUAGGUUUCCGUACAACUGACCGUC